ACGCAACCACAACACCAGGAUCUGCAAAGGACCACGUAUGAUCCAGCUGAAUCUAGACUUACUUCAUUCACUCCUCUGAUUGCCAAGAUGCAUGAGAACGCAAGACUCGACAGGGGUAUGAUGUGGAGGUCCUGGCGUACGGUGUCUGCAAUCCCAUACAGCGUGCUUUCAUGCAUGGGGAUCCCGGCGGAGCUGUCGGCAGCAUCGCUGGCAGACAUCCUCAGGGAAGGCACACUGGACAGCAAUGCAGACCUGGAUUCUGUAACUCUUGUCCUGGAUUUGGAAUGUUUUUAUAGAGACGAUUUCCAGGAGGAGGACAUGGAAGACUGGACUGGCGAUGAGCGCACAGGUCAGGACCCCAUGGGUUCCCCAGGGAGACAGGUUAGCGGGAGCAUAGGGGAAUAUAAGAUAGAUGACCCUGCAAAGGACUCCCUCCUGGAACCACCAGAGGUGUCCCCAGAGGCAAAAACUGACAAGGAUAAGCCCCCUACCUAGGAUUUUGGGGCCAGACGCCUCAAUGUUACGAGUAGGGGUACUGGAUGGAGGACUUCAGGAACAAAGCCAAUCAGCAGCC